UGAAAGGGGGUCAGGUUACACUCGUUCUCCUCAGUGUUCUCAUAGACAACACGUUAUUACUAUUCGCACGCAGAAGAUAUAAAUCCCACGCCAGAAGUGAAUACACACGCCUGCUAUCUAUCUAUAUAGUUCUUGGUAGAUUUCUGGUUUUUACUACCAGUUGAUUCCUAGAAUGUAAACGCAUAUUAAAACCAAUGUCCAAUGGUGAGUCAAUAGAACACCGAUUUUAAAGAAUGAAAGAAAUGAGGGGGUUCAAUGGGGUCGUUCCCUCCAUCAGAAGAUCAUACUACCACCUGUAUAGAACUAAAACACACACACUACCCUUGUUGCUUGAGCACUCUUGAAUGCGGUUCAGGACACGGCGUCUACACCACGGUUUCCGCGUGCGCGCCGGUCCAAGGCCGUGCGUCCGUCCGUCCGUCCCGCCCGGAGUGCACGCGGAUUGGCCGUCGCGAGCCACAUUUCCGCCCGUUCGCUCGGGGAUUCCUGGUAGUGCGCGAGACAGCGUUCGGGAUGCGACCAAUCAGAGCGCGUGGUGGCGAUGACGCCCUGGGAUUCCGCGAAAUUGUUUCUUUUGAGAAUGAGAACGGCGAAAACACUGCGGCGGCGGCGGGCGCGCGCUCUCACGCACACACACACACAAACACACACACACACGCACAAGUUUUGACGCAGUUAUGAGGAAACGUUCCAAGGCGACGGCACGACUUCGGGAUCUGGUGUCCGACACACGAAUUGUACCGCGUUUGUAAAAAAAAUUGUUUAGAUUACACGGGGACUCGUGGACACGCGUGGGGUGGACACCACGUUUCCUGGAGCGGAUUCGCGUCUUCUGAUAAACGAGUUGCAUAAGAGCUCCGAAGGAGGAAAAGCAAGAAAAGGAGGAUUUGGGGGUUUGUUUCUCUGUAACAUCUUAUCGGUGUUGAAAGUAAAACAGCCCCAGCAGACGAUCAUGACGGAUGUGGUUGUCGCCGCUCCGAGCGCGCUGUCCACCGCGGACGGGACGGAUGUGGAGGCGGGGAUGGAGACCCAGGAGAGCCGCACGCUUCUGAUGGUGGCGAUGAUCCUACUCGAAUUGAACCGGUGCGGCGGAGCCUGUCCCAAGAGCUCGGUUGAGAGCGGCGUGACGGAGCAGCCCAGCGUGCGGGAGAAGUGCCGGGCAGGUGGGAGCGAGCGUCGGCCGCGCAGCCGGCAAAGCGCCGAGAAGAAGCACCGCUGCCCCUACGCAGGUUGUGGAAAGAUCUACGGGAAGUCCUCGCAUCUGAAAGCCCAUUGUCGCGUGCACACAGGUGAACGACCGUUCCAGUGCACUUGGCAAAGCUGCACCAAGCGUUUCUCUCGAUCAGAUGAGCUGACUCGCCACUUCCGUACACACACGGGCGAAAAGCGUUUCGCCUGUCCCCUUUGCACCAAGUGUUUCAUGCGCAGUGACCACCUGACCAAGCAUGCUCGCCGCCACGACGGCUUCCAUCCCAGCAUGCUCUGCAAGACCAAAGGCCGGCGACGGCGCUCCUCCUCCUCCACGUCCUCUUCCGGCUCCGGCGAUCCCGAGUGAUCAUCGGGACCUCUUCAUAGCAACGGGAUUGGUAUUGGAUCUGGACACACUUCUGACAUGUGGGCUGCUGGACCCUUCGUGACCAUCUCACGAAGCCCUCAUGCUAUCCAGACGCGCCAAGCAAAUCGAAGCGGAAAACUCUUCCACGUACAAAAUCAGACAAACCGACAGCGAAAGUAUAUGUACCAAAUAUAUGUAUACUUGUGUCAAGAGAUGGUGGAGGAGUGCAAUGGCACAAAUAUGGGUGUGCAUUAAUAUCAUCAAAUCCAGUCAGACAAACUUUUAUAAUUGGGAUGGCACACCAUAAUGAUCUAUGUUCUAAAUAUCGGACCAAAAACUGUAGAUUACAGAACGGAUUGAUUAUCUGCACAUGUCCACUCCAUGUGCUGAUAAUCGAAGUGUCAAGCGACGAAUCAAAUGCAGGGGAGGGGGGUUUACAUGGUGGUUCAUACAGUUAAUUGUCUGGCAAACAAAAAAAAAGUACACAGUUUCCUCCAUUAGACCACUUGUAGCAAAUCAGCUAAUACGUACAUUUGUUUUCCUCGGUUUUGCACUGGAGCUUCAACGGUAAUAUAGAUUACAGGUCUUUCUUGAACCUUGAAUGGGUUUUUUUCCCUUUUUCCCCCUGAACAUUUUAUAACCAUCAUCAUAAGGCGGCCAUCUUUUAUUUGGGGUUGAGUAGAAAUGGGGGUGGGGUGGAGGUCUUGUGGUUCCUCAUGAUUAUUGCUGUUUUUGAAUGCUUGGUAGCCUAGCGAGUCCUGAACAAAACUAAUACGAUACCUGAGAGCAAAUCCUCUUGAAAGAUUGAAUACAUUUGCGAUCAGGGAAGCGCUCGACUAUAAAAGUGAUGACCAGUUCUGCAGCGAAUUAAUAAACAAAUCCGAUCAGCCCGAUUCUCAGUGAAUAGUAUAUACGUUACCAGAAGCUAGCCUAGCCUGAAGACUACUUCCAUGUAGGAAACAUCUACCACUUUCAUUUGGAAAAGCUGACUUUAGCUGACAUUACAAUUGUGAAUCUAUUCGUGUGGUGGAUUACGUAGAUCCAAUUAUCUUUAUGGCUGUAAAAUAAUGUAUUUAUGUAUUCAUUUUCCACUCCUCGAUCUUUUUUUUCCAGUGACUAGCGUUUUGCUUCUAGAAGGGAAUGUGUGGGAUCUUUUGUUUGUUGUUUUUACUCAUACAUAAUAUAAUCUAAUAUAUCAGGCUGUAAUUUAGUACUGUCUAUAAAGCUGGCUUGUUUGUGACAAUCGCCAUUUUGAUACUGUAUUUCCACUGAGCCAUUUAAGGGUCAAAUAAAUCAAGUAGGCAUGAGUGUAUUAGCCAGUGUAGCAGAAUUGACAGAGAAAAUAGCAUGGAAAUAGAUGGGACGAUGUUGCCCUUGAAGCACAAACACUAUAGUUAAAUAUACAGAUAUAUAUAUAUAUAUAUAUAUAUAUAUAUAUAUAUAUAUAUAUAUAUAUAUAUAUAUAUAUAUAUAUAUAUAUAUAUAUAUAUAUAUAAAAACAUUUAAGAUGCUACAUGUAUAUAGGAUUCGAAUAUGGGUACUCCAAAGAAAUGCUUCAAGCUUAUUUGGAAGCACACAGUUUCCUGUAGUUUGUUGGCCAACUAGGCAUUUAAAAACAAGCUCAGCAUGUUUAAAAGAACCUGAUGCAACUGAAUCCAAAAGUAACAUGACUUCCUUAUUAUUCUGCUGUCUAGUUUACAGCCUCGCUAGUCAACAGCAUAUUUUGGAGGCUAGCAAGCUAGCAAGUUGGAAUGAUUCGGCAAACAAUUAGACAAAGUUGAAAGGGAAGAGGAUGUAGAAAGAUCUCAAAUCCAUUUUUUUUUGGCAUCACAUCACAUUUGCAUUGAGAGGAAGUCGAGCUUGAGCUUGUUUAACGUAUGAUAACUAAUCCUGGGCUGUUUCAUGUUUACUAACUUCAUCAUUCGGGUUUAUUGAGUUAAGUGAAAAGAUGCACGCUUUUUUUUUUUUUUCUAUUUUUUCUUACUUUUUUUUGAAUUUCAGUAACAGAUUCAUGCUGCACACAGAAGCAAGCCAAUUUACAUAAUUUACUUGAACUAUUCAACGCUGUGACUUAAGUCUUUUUGAAACACAAGCAGCCACCAGGCGAAUGCCGACAAUAGUAAUGACUAAUAUAAUGUGAGACAACCUAUUCAGCUGUCAAUCACCAGAGAAACGGUUGCAUCGAUGUACUACCCCUCUUCCGUCCCAAGGCUCUCAAUUCACAUGCACUUUCUAUAGAGAUGGAUAUGUAUUUUUCUACGUCAGUACGUACAGGAAUGGUUUAUGCGUUCGACCUGUAAAGAUUGUAAUACACUGCCUCUUCUCUGACAUCAUGUAAACUUCAUCCUUGGAUUGAAUGUACAACGGACUGAACUAACCACUGACAAAUGCUUUUUUUUAUGUUAUUGCAUACCUACCACAUCUGUACAUAUGGCAAACAUCUGAGAAAAUCUUUCACUUGAAUUUUGCUGUAUUAUUUUCAACAUACUGUAACAUUCACCUGUAAUUUCUGCUCAUCCUUUCAUUAAGAAUUGCUUAUAUUUGGUUUUUUUUGUUGUUUUUUUUUUUGUUGCUGAAAAUAAAGCACAUUCAAACACGA